UGCUGUGGGUGGGACUUGGCGAUUUAUCAAUCCCUCGCCGCCUUCUCCCUCCUGAGCUGCUGUCUCUCUUGGUCUCUCAUUCUUCUCCCGAGUCUCCAGGUGGAAACAUGUGUUCAGCAGCGAGAGCAGGGCCAGCAUCAGUCAGCGGGAGUCCCUGCUUCACCGUGCUGAUUGUUAUCCUCACCAUCACAGGCAUAAUUGGUAGUGUUCAAGUUUCUACCCCGCCUGUGGUAGAAGCAGAGAUUGGAAAACCCAUCAGCAUACCCUGUGUUCCUGAGAUAUCCACACCAAGCACUGUGAAAUAUGUCCAAUGGUUUGUUAUGGAGAAGGACAUUCGCCAACGAAUCUAUUUCCAGGAUGGAGAAAAUAGAAUUAUCAACAAUAAGACUCGCUACACGGAUCGAAUCAAUGUGGAUAAGAGCUACACUCUGACCAUUGACAAUGUUGAACUUAGAGAUGAACGGACAUUUUGUUGCCAAGUUGGUGCUGGUCCAGCCGGCAAUGGUGAAGCCACAACAGAGUUGAAGGUUUUUGAUGCACCAGAAAUACCUGAGAUAUUUCCAAGUAAUAAACUCAUAUCAAUAAUGAAAACAGAACCAUCAGAGAUUGCCACGUGUGUCACUAGGAAUGGUUACCCUGCACCGAACAUAACGUGGUACAAGGACCACACCCCAUUGCAAGCUACCACGAAGAUAAACAACAAGAUGUAUAUGAUUCCUCAGGCCACAAAGGAGCCCAGUGGACUUUAUACCAUUGCCAGUACACUUUAUUAUCUGCCUGAGAAGAAGGACAAAGAUUCUAAAUUUUACUGUGAGGUAAACUACAGGAUGCCGACAGGAGUAGAGAAAAUGAAGAAGUCGAUUAAGAUUGACAUACAAAUAUCCUAUCCAACCGAAAAUGUGGAAUUUCUGUAUCAGCCCAAGAUAUUGAAGGAGACAGAUAAUAUGAUACUAGAAUGCAAGUCCGAUGGCUCAUCUUCUGUUGAAAACACCUUUUACAGAGUGCGGGAUGGACAAGAGGAGGAGACCCUUCAAAGUGGCACUGGCAACACCUUUGAAAUUGUUGGAGUAAAACGAAAUGACAGUGGUGUUUAUGGCUGUAGAGUGCUGGACUUUGAUGCAGAUGACAAGGAUUUUAAUGUAAACAAGACAAUAACAAUUAAUUAUCUGGAUCCUAUUGUAUUGAAACCAAGAGGACCAUACAUUUUUGAGGAGGGUGAAAAAAAUAAAAAUAUAUAUUGUAGCGCAGAAGGAUCACAACAGACAUCUGUGAUUUGGAAAAAACACAAGAUGGUCAGUUCUACAAAUCUUCUUCAACUACCAGUGGUCACAUCCGAUGAUUCUGGAAACUAUACCUGUGAAGUUACAAUCCGGGGUGUUCCAAGCCUGUUUAAAAAAAAAUCCAUCAGAGUUACAGUCAAAGAGCCACCUAAAGUAAACUGUACAGAGAAGAUAUUCUACAAAAAUAGACAUUAUGUCAACCUGACUUGUAUUUUCAAAGGCUAUCCAACACCAAACAUCACAUGUAGCAUUGGAAAGGAGGUAAAGGACAUAAGAAAGCAUCUGUUGCCUAAUCACAUUGUUAUCAGUGAAUUGAUUGUACUGCUUCCUGCAGAGGGACUGAACGUGACUUGUAAUGGCACCAAUGAAUAUGGGAGUAAGACCCACAACUCAGUUGUGCAGAGAGAGUCAACGGCAGUUUCUACAAAAAGGCCUCCUAUUGCUGGGAAGACUCAUAGGGGGAGCAGUGGUGGAAUGCUGAUAGUCAUCAUCAUUGUGUGCAUCAUUCUUCUUGCGUUCCUGGGUGCAAUCCUGUACUUCCUGUACAAAAAAGGCAAGAUCCCCUGUGGUCGCUCAGGGAAACAAGACAUCACACGGACAGAUGUUCAUGACGAUGUUGUUGUGGAAGUUAAGAAUGACCAGAAGGUGCCAGAAGAGACUGUGCUUCUACAAGGAGUCAAUGGAGAGAAGAAAUUGCCCAAUGACCAGGGUAAACCCGCCUGCUUAUUUAAAACCAGCAACACUGAAAAGAUCUGUCCCAUGCAAUAAUCUGUGAAAAUUCGAGAGGUCAAGAACUAUUUAAAUGAAGAGAGAUGAAGCAAUAUGCAAUCCUGUUGAAUGAAGAUAAAUAACCACAGUGCUCCCAGCCUAACCAGACCACAUGGAUAUGACAGUGACAUGAAACGUUUUUGCCUUUAGAAGCGCUGCACAUGCUCCUACACUGAAGCAGUUUCAAUAAUGCUGGAGCCUUUCUUUCACUGGAAACCACUCAACACUUUACUGAAAUGAACACAUGGCCUAUCAUUCCCCCUAACAUUCCCACUGUCAAACUGGGUGUUUUCUGUUUGAUCUCUGCAACUGCAGGUUACCUCUCAGCUAUAUAUUUCUGCUCAAAUUGUAUGCUGUCACAUCAGUUACAGAGUACAAAAUGCCUGUCCAGGCUUCAUCCCCUUGACACAGUUGAAAAGGAAAUUCAUGUUACUUUUCUGUACAAUUCUUAUAAAUUCCUUUUAAUCACAACAAUUUAUAAUUGAACAUUUUGAUGAAGAAUGUGUAUUAAAAAGCAUCCAGAUUAGAAAGUGUUGUUCAAAGGGGAAAUCAUCAGGACUGUGUUAGUAUAGUUCUAACUAACUGCAGACAGGGAUGUUCAUACCAUGACUUGGAUUAGAGAUUACAUUUCUCAUUAGUUGUGUAAUUGACAUUAGGAAGCAUGAUAUGACAUAUUUGUACAUAUUUUAAUCAAUAUCCCCACCUCUCAUCAGGAGAAAUAGUUACAAUGAUAAAAGUAUUUUUUUGUAGGUUUCAGCUGCAGUCUGUAUUCAGUAUCCAACACAUCACGAUUUGGCUGGACGAACUUCAGUCAGUGUUAUGGGUAAACAAGGGUUUUUAUUCAUAGUGCUUUGCAAAAGAAACGCCAAUGUUAGUAACAUCAGGAAUUUUUAACUAAAUCAACAGAAUACAGAAAUUGUUUAUUUGGAUAGAUUUUCUGUUAGAAAUGCUGAUCACAUAUUGAUAAUGGCAUUUGCUCUCUGCUGAGUCCAAAUCAAAUGCACUGCACAAUAGGUAAUUUUUACUCUAUUUCAACAUCAGUAGCUCUCCUCUAAAUGUAAACUCCAGAAAUAAUGAUUUGAUUGUAGUGCAGAAUUUACAGCAUCACCAAACCUUCAUCCAGUUACAAGCACAAGUCCUUGGUUUCUGUCUGGUCGGACACAUCUUCCAUUGAAAAUAAUGUGAAUUCAUUUUCAAAUUAGUGAUCUGUUUGAGAUGUUACACAUUCUCUUUCAUGAUCACUUGAUCCUUAAAUUUUUUACAAGAAACAACUUUUCUUGAAAGGAAUAGGAAAGCGUGUGGUUCUCACUGUGACUAUGACGUAACAAUAAUGCUAGCUUUUGUUUCUCACUGCAUUGUUCGGUAGAGUAUUUCCAGCAUUUUGUGUUUGUAGUCGCCAUAAGGGAGCAGAACACAUGGGUAUAGAAAUUUUCCUUUUUAACGGCCAGGAUAUGUUUCUCCAAACUUGGGAGCUCAGCCAGCUCCACACCAAAGCACCAGGGCUAGAUGAUUGCAUUCUGUCCAUUUGCCUAUAAGUCAAGAUGUUGUGUUCUUAGUUUAGCUUGUAAAGAAUUUGCAUUGUUUAAAUCAAACAGGACAUCUUUUAGUCCUGUUUCUUCUGCAGGCUGUCUGCAGCAAUCAACGCCACUGAACAUCCUCUCAACUUUCAACUUCCCCACUUAAAGAACAAUUUGGUUACUUUCUACUUUGCAAAUACUGACUCAGGUUUUUUUUGGCUGUUUCACAUCAGAGGCAACAUUAAAAGCAGCAACUAACAUAAGUCUCACUCAGUGACCAAAGCAUUGGCCUGGAGUUAGAUUGCAUGAAAUGUUAGACCCUAGUGCACAAAAAGGGCAAUAUUUCCUGUCAUAUACUCAGUGUAUAGCGAGAUAAAUUGUUGAGUGGUGUGGGUAUGUGAGUGGAGAAAUAAAAUGUAGGAAUAAUUUCCUUCAAAGCGUUCUUGAAGGGUGUGGAAUCCUGAGAACUUAGUUUUGGUUUAUCCUUCUGGUAACCCCAGUGCUGCUCAACUCCAGUACUCAGAGCAUCAUACAUGGCAGAAGAUCCCAGUUCAAAUUGAUGAAGACCAGUUACUAUUCUACAACUUUCCCUAUUAAUCCUAUUUUAUUUCAAAUGAUCUGCCUUCCCCCACAAUGCAGAUUACUGCAUUCUAUUUGCUUCCUUUCUUACCUGUAUUUGAGAACUGUGCAGUCAAUGAACACUCCACGCUCUUUUUUUCAUGAUCAUAACGAGUAAUAGAUGGGGAAAUAAAAUAAAAACAAGUGCUGACAAAACACUUUCUCCACAAAUGUUGCCAGACCUGCAGCAUUUCUCCAGCACUUGCCAUCUUUAUUUCAGAUCUCCAGCAUCUGCAAUACUAUACUUUUAUUGAAUGCAUGGAAAUCUUCUCUAAAGUCCUCAAAUGGUGAUCAUAGCACCACAAAAAUCUAAGACCCCUCUAUGAAGCUGGUUCUGACUUCCAAAAGUUUAAUAUUGGAUUUGAGGAUCAAAGAAAGCAUUAGAAUGAUGUAGAGCAUCACUUGAGAAUGAGUUGUGUCUCACUUUCAUGCUGCCAUUGCUGCAGAAAAUUGGCCAUCUCUGACUCAUUUGGAAGGGAGGCACAUAAACAUAUUAACUCAUCGCUGUGCUAAAGUUAACUUGCUUGCUUGUUAUUUAUGUUGAAAUUUUAACAACAUUGUGACAGAUGCUGAAGCUGUGGCUGGAUCUUUCAAUAUACAUAAAAUUAAUUAGUUAAAAUUAUAUUGUACACUAUUUGAACUGUUGCAGAAUUAGUGUAAUGCCACAGAAAGUGCUUCAUUUAAAUAGAGUGAAGCCCAUUAAUUAGAAAGCAACUAGGUGACCCUGUGGGCAGCAGGGUAGGCGGUUUUGGAGUCAAUGAAACAACAGUAGUCACCCCAUUAUUUUUCUCGAGUGGUGGGAUAUCCUGACAGGCAUUAGCAAGUACCCCUCACAUUUACAUAUUUUCUGAUUGGUGAAAAUAGUGUGCCCUCCCAUUAUAGGGACACCCCAGGGAGCUGGGACCACCUCAUUCUUUUAAAGCUUAGGUUUUUUUUCUAUUCAUGAGCGUCACUGGCUAGGCCAGCAUUUACUGCCUAUCCCUUGUUGCCCAGAUGUCAGUUAAACGUCAAUCACAUUGCUGUGGGUCCAAAGUCACAUGAAGACAGACCAGCUAAAGAUGAAAGCUUCCUUCCCUAAAUGGUAUUAGUGAUGACCAUGAAACCAUUGCUGAAUGUUAGAAAAACACCUGGUUCACUUGACCCUUAAUUCCAGAUUUUUAAGUGAAUUCAAAUUCCAUUAUCUGCCAAUGGCAGGAUAUGACCGCAGGUCCCCAGAACAUUAUCUGGAUCACUGGAUUAAUAGUCUAGUGAUAAAACCACUAGGCCAUUUCCUCCCUGAGUGAGAAAAUCAUUUCCUUCAUUGUUGGGUCAGUUCAUUAUUGGACCUAAAAUCCAUAGCUGGAUGUAGACCCUUGCUUCCGGCUUGAAACUACCAACAACACUAAGGUAUUGAGCACAUCUAGCUGUGCAAGGUCAGCUCUGCACAGAUAAGUGUUAGGAGCUACCAUUACUGACCCAUAGUGGAUAUACAGGUUGCUCUAAACUACAUUUUUUGAGGCUCUAAUGCAAUUCCUAAAGCUACCUGCCCAGCCUCAUUCAAUUGAAGUACUUUGUCUUAUGUAAAUUUGAAAUAAAAACUGUGACUGACUGUUUUUUAUGACUUGCAAAGAAAAUGCUAAAUAAAAUAUUGUUGCAAAUACCUGA